AUGGCCAUCGCACCACGAACUUUCCCUUCCCUUGUCCCUCGUCGCCCGUACGAGUCGGCCCGCCUCGAUGCUGAGCUCAAGCUCGCUGGCGAGUACGGUCUCAAGAACAAGCACGAGAUCUGGAGGAUUGCCUUGAUCCUUUCCAAGAUCCGCCGUGCUGCUCGUGAGCUUCUCAAGCUCGACGAGAAGGACCCGAAGCGUCUCUUCGAGGGCAACGCCUUGAUCCGCAGGCUCAUCCGCAUCGGCGUUCUCGACGAGCAGCGCAUGCGUCUCGAUUACGUCCUUGCCCUCAAGGUCGAGGACUUCCUCGAGCGCCGCCUCCAGACCCAGGUCUUCAAGAGCGGCCUUGCCAAGUCGAUCCACCACGCUCGUGUCCUCAUCCGCCAGAGGCACAUCCGUGUCGGCAAGCAGAUUGUCAACGUUCCCUCGUUCGUUGUCCGUCUCGACUCGCAGAAGCACAUCGACUUCGCUCUCACCUCGCCCUACGGUGGUGGACGUGCCGGCCGUGUCAAGCGCAAGCGCGCAAAGGCGGCUGCCGGUGGCGAGGGUGGUGACGACGCCGAGGAGGAGGACGACGAGUAG